AUGGAUAGCAAAGAACAUAUUGAGAAAUUCAAAAGGUACGAGGCUGAAUUUAGGCAAUAUCUGAUGUCAAAGUAUUUCUCGGACAAGACUAUUUCUGGAGGCAAUAUAUUCGAUGUGAAGAUGAAUAUAGACGGACAUACUAUUACUGCUAGCAGGUUGCCCCCAUACCAAUCUUAUCUCGAUCCAGCUACUUUCCAUGAACUAAUCAGCAAAGAAGUGGGUCCUUCGGCUGAAACCCCAUCAACUAGCAUUUCAAAUGGGAAGCCUUCGAACCAAGUCAGCUGA